ACAGUAAGCCAUUGACUGUCUAUCAUGAAGUACUUAACGUGUGCACUGCUCUUGCUGGCCCUGAUUCCGGCUCUGAUCAGCGCAGCUCCCAGCACUGUGGUGGUCAAUGGUGUUUGCCUGACGUGUCCCAAUCCCCAGGGAGAUCGAGUCUAUUUGGAUGGCCAGGAGUACCGCAGCUUCUCCUCCUCAUCCAACGAUGAUGGCAAUGUGGUCAUCACACGGGGAGGACGGGGAGGCGGCACUGUCUAUCGGAGAGGCGGCAAUACCGUCGUCAAUGGUCGUUGCGAACACUGCAAUGUGGAUGUUUAACAUCAGAAUAAACUCUGAAGUGAACUAUUAAGUUUAGUAAA